UUGAGGAGGUCUUGUUCAUUCCCAACUCGAUGGUGUGAAAUAAGAGCUGAUGGUAGGCCUGGAAAACGUCUCGAUGGAACGGCAACUGGUUCCUUUUCGUACGUGAUCAUGCAAAAAGGCGUUCGACAGCCCACUCAAUCUUCAGCACCUCGUCUUCUUGAUAUACAACGUUCACAUCACCAUUCCACCUGUACGGUGUGUACGUCGUUCAAUGGUCUGCAGCAGUUCGUCAUCUCGAAACGAGCCGGGCCACUUUACAAGAAACUGAAAUCGAAGAAGUCUGGAGAGCUUCUGCCGAUCAGCCUAAAAUCGGUGGCUACAGAAUCACAGUUUGACUUAUACGACGAAGCAGUUAAAGACUUUCAACAAGACACAACCACAUCGUCAACAUCCUCCUCGUAA